AUGUUCACUAAAUACUCAGUACUUUGGGUGGCUUUCAUUGUGAUUUCUGUGAAUGCACAGGAAUCUACGAGUCUAAACCCCUCACAGUUUAUAAAAAUUGGCAAAGGAUCAUAUUACAUUGAGACUGUGUCUAGAAAAAACUGGUUUGCUGCCUACGAGUCCUGCCGUCAAAUGAAGGCAUCCCUUAUCGCCUUCGAAAGCCUGGAGGAAUGGAAGCUGGUAAAUCAAUACCUUCGGGAUAUGCAAAUCUAUAGAAAAUACUGGACUGCCGGCACAGACUGGGCGGAGCAGGGAAAACAUGUUUGGUUCUCGAAUGGACAGCCACUGUCUUUGGACAUUUGGCGAGCCGGAGAACCGAAUAAUUACAACGGAGACGAACACUGCGAUGAGGCUGGACCGGCCUUGGCUGAAUGACAUUGUUUGCACGACACUGAGGAUCUACAUUUGCAAGGCACCAGAGGCACCGCCACAGACAGAGUGUCCAAGAGAGUCCUUGAGGAGAUUAAUAUUAAUAAAGAGCUUUUUUCAGGGAAGCUAAA